AGAGAGAAUGGUGUUAUUUUGGUGUUUGCAAGAAAUAUAGAUCUUUACAAGUUGACCGAAACAAUGUGGUCAGUGGAACAAAGAUUUAAUAAGAAGUAUAAAUAUAACUGGCUAAUAGUUAGUGAUGCUUUACAUAACAGAAAUUUCAAAGCAACUGUUCUAUCGCUAUCUUCUGGAAAUGUUGAAUUUGCCAGAGUUCCAAGAUUAAACUAUCCCCCAAAUAUUGAUAAGGCAAGAAUGAAAGAUUCAAGAAAGGCAUUCAGACAACAAAGUAUAGUUUUCAGAAAGACAAUCAAGAUGAGACAUCAACAAAGAUUUUGGGCUAAAGAUAUAUUGUUUAUUGAACAAUUAGCUAAAUAUGAUUAUUUCAUGAGAAUUGAUCCUGGAGUUUUGUUGUAUUGUGAUGUUAAUUUUGAUUUUUUCAAGUUCAUGACUGAACAUCAAAGAACUUAUGGAUUUGGGUUUGCAAUGAAGGGGAAACAAGGUACGUUCCCUUCACUCUGGGAUGAUACUCUAGCAUAUAUCAAGGAGAAUCCAAAAGAUAUUCAUGAAAAUAAUAUGAUUGAUUUCAUUUCUGAUGAUAAAGGUGAAACUUUCAACACUUGUCAAUUCAGGGCUAACUUUGAAGUUGGUGAUUUAAGGUUUUUCAGAUCAGACAAGUAUAAGAAAUUAGCAGAAUAUCUCGAUAACAAAAAUGGGAUCUAUUACGAAGGUUGGGAUGAAUCCACUUUCCAUACAUUAGGUGUUGCAUUAUUAGAAGAUAGACAUAAAAUUCAGUUCUUCAACAACAUUGGCUAUAAUGACCGUGCUUCUGAUAAUUUGAAGUCAUGUCCAUUUGAUGAGUCAAUAAGAUUAGGGUCAAACUGUGUAUGUAACCCAUUAGAUGACCUGACAUGGAAUAGUAAUGCCGGUAGUUGUAUUGACAAAUUUUUCCAUGUGAAUUCAUUCCAAGUUCCA